AUGUCUGUUGAAAGUAUUAAAAGGCUUGUACAGUGCGAAAACGAUGCAAAGGAACGAUUGGAGAAUGCACGCAGGGAGUUAGAGGAAACAAAGGCACAGGCAAGAGCUGAUGCAAACAUGAUGCUUGAGGGACUUAAGAAAGAAAAUGAGAAGAAGCUGCAUGCAUUGGAGAAAGAAGUGGGAGAGUAUAUGAAAGUGAUUGAGGAGAAGCUUAGUGCAGAACUGGAAGACAGAGUCAAGGCAUUGAAUAAUAUAAGGAAUCGAGAAAAGAUUGUGUCUAUGCUGGUUCAGCAUGUAUGCGGAGUGGAAAAGAAAUAA